AUGUCUAUGGCUGAUGAACCACUGUAUCCAAUAGCGGUGCUUAUAGACGAGUUGAAAAACGAUGACAUCCAACUGCGGUUGAACUCGAUUCGCCGGCUGUCGACGAUUGCGCGUGCGCUUGGGGAGGAGCGAACGCGGAAAGAAUUAAUUCCGUUUUUGACUGAAAAUAACGACGAUGAUGACGAGGUGCUUCUUGCGAUGGCGGAAGAGUUGGGAGUUUUCAUUCCUUAUGUUGGUGGAGUGGAACAUGCUAGUGCGUUGUUGCCGCCUUUAGAGGCGUUUUGUAGUGUUGAGGAGACGUGUGUGAGGGAUAAAGCUGUUGAGUCGCUUUGUCGAAUUGGAUCUCAGAUGAGGGAGAGUGAUUUGGUUGAAUAUUUUAUACCGUUGGUGAAGAGAUUGGCAGCAGGUGAAUGGUUUACUGCUCGAGUCUCUGCAUGUGGUCUAUUCCAUAUUGCUUACCCUAGUGCCCCAGAAGCAACAAAGACAGAGUUGAGAUCAAUAUACAGUCAGUUAUGUCAGGAUGACAUGCCUAUGGUUAGAAGAUCUGCUGCAACAAAUCUUGGGAAAUUCGCUGCAACUGUUGAGUAUACUCAUUUGAAGGCUGACAUCAUGUCAAUUUUUGACGAUCUUACUCAAGACGAUCAAGACUCUGUCAGAUUGUUAGCCGUGGAAGGAUGUGCUGCUCUUGGAAAAUUGUUGGAGCCACAAGAUUGUGUUGCACAUAUACUCCCAGUUAUUGUUAAUUUCUCUCAGGAUAAGUCGUGGCGUGUGCGUUACAUGGUUGCAAAUCAAUUGUAUGAGCUCUGUGAAGCUGUAGGCCCUGAACCUACCAGAGCGGAGUUGGUUCCUGCCUAUGUUCGAUUGCUUCGAGAUAAUGAAGCUGAGGUACGCAUAGCAGCUGCUGGGAAAGUGACCAAGUUUUGCCGGAUUUUAAGUCCAGAUCUUGCAAUUCAGCAUAUUCUUCCUUGUGUCAAGGAAUUGUCAUCAGAUUCUUCACAACAUGUCCGCUCAGCUCUGGCUUCAGUAAUAAUGGGAAUGGCUCCAGUGUUAGGAAAGGAAGCAACAAUUGAGCAGCUUCUUCCUAUUUUCCUAUCCCUUCUGAAGGAUGAAUUUCCUGAUGUGCGCCUAAACAUCAUCAGCAAGCUUGAUCAAGUGAAUCAGGUGAUUGGAAUCGAUUUGUUGUCUCAAUCAUUGUUACCCGCCAUUGUUGAGCUUGCAGAGGAUAGACAUUGGAGGUGGUUACAGGAUAAGGUUCAUUCAAUUCGUGAAGCAGCUGCUAACAACUUGAAACGUCUAGCCGAAGAGUUUGGUCCUGAGUGGGCUAUGCAGCACAUAAUUCCUCAGGUUUUGGAGAUGACUAACAAUCCACACUAUUUGUAUCGGAUGACCAUUCUCCGCGCCAUCUCCCUGCUAGCCCCUGUAAUGGGCUCUGAAGUCACUUGUUCAAAAUUGUUACCUGCUGUUGUUGCAGCAUCAAAAGACAGAGUGCCCAACAUAAAGUUCAAUGUGGCAAAGGUAUUAGAGUCCAUCUUCCCCAUCGUUGAUCAGUCUGUGGUAGAAAAGACAAUUCGACCGUGUCUGGUUGAGCUCAGCGAGGAUCCUGAUGUUGACGUACGGUUUUUUUCCACCCAAGCCUUGCAGGCUAUUGAUCAUGUCAUGAUGUCUAGCUAG